GCAUUCAAGCGGACAUGUUAAUUAUUAUGGUUGGAUUUUUACGUAAGGUGGUUUUCCUUAUCAUUAGAGUCCACGCGAGUUUGGUCUCCAUAUGAGUUGUUUUGACAACUUGACAAAAUUGUUACAUAUUUAAACUUUUGUCAAAAGUGAUAACAAAUAUUGUCGUUAUUAAAAAGUUAAAAAUAUUUAACUUAAUCGUGUAUGAAAAAGUAGUAAAAAAUGGAAGUGCCCAUUUUACUAAGCUUAAAAGAUAUUUGUUGUACGUGUCUAAGCAUCGAUAGGAAGCUUAAAAAACUAUGUGAAAUUGAGGAUGGAAUUAACAAUUUGUUUUUCUUACUUUCAUGUGAUUCGGAGGCUUAUGAGUUAUUAUGCUACAGAGAAGCGACAGAUCUCUACAUAUGCUGGGAGUGUACAGCGCUGUUGAACAGAUUGUCAAGGUUCCGAGAACAAGCGUGCACUGCUCAGAAACAGUUACAAGACAUGGUCGAUAACAAGAAACAUAAAUAUAAUCUACACAAGGGAUUAUCGGUUUUAUCACAAUGCCAUCAAAAUAUAUACAACUAUGAAUACCUUUUAAUAACAAAGGAUGAGAACCAAUCAGAUGACGAAUAUGCAAAUGAAUCAAUUAAAAGUGAUAGUGACCCAGAAUUCUUAUCAAUUCCAGAAAUCGCCAACUCGAGCAACGAUAUUGAGGAAAAACUAAAAGAAUCCGACAUAAAAAUAGACAAAUUGAUAACUUACGAUGAAUCAGAUGCAAAAGUUGAUGAAUCAGAUAUCACGAUUGGUGAAUCGGACAUAAAAGUUGAAGAGCCAGAUGUAGAAAUUGAUGAAUUGGAUUCAAAAAUAAAUGAAUCGGAUUCACAACCUGAGACAACACACGAAGAAGGUACUCAAAAUAAUUUAUUACAGAAAAAUGUUAAAAAGAAAAAGAUUGCGAUAAAGAAAUUAAUUGUGCAAGAAACUAUAAACUAUACAACAGUUAAAAUGACAGCAUCAGAGAUGAGAGAUAGUUUGAAGCAAAGAAGAGCAGAACAGAGCUUUGUAGAUGCAAUGUACAAAUGUGACUCAUGUAUGGAAGUAUAUCAGGACGCUGAAAGUAAACAAUUACAUGUCAACGAAGCACAUAAAAGGCUACCAAAUCACAAAAAAUGUGAUAUAUGCAAGACAUACGUCAGAGAUAAGUGGUAUGAAGAACACAGGAGCGAUCACUACUUGAAGUUUCAGUGCCAUUACUGCGACCACGUCUCAUACAACGUGCUGAUUAUUUUGAAGCAUUUGAGAGUUGGCCACGCCGUGAAAAAUGUGCCCGAGGAACUUAGACGGUUGAGAAAAAUAUCAUACUUAAAAAAUCCAGGCCUAAAGCCGUGGUCAGCAGAUGUGACGCCAGACAAGAAGACAACUGUGGGCUAUGUGUGCUCCGUGUGUAGUGAAUUCUUUGAGUGA